CGACACUGAGUCGUUGAAAUACACAUGUAAUAGUUCAAACAGGUUUUGUGACGGAUAUAGUUUGAAACAGGUUUUCAAAGUGAGAUCUGUUGAAACAUAUUUUUCGAGUGAAAUCAUUUGAAACAGGUUUUUCUCAGUGAUAUCAACAUUAACAAUAGGUUUUCUGAUUGUCAAUAGUUCAGACAGGUUUAUUUGUAUUGUCAUCAGUAGUUGAAGUAGAUCCUUGAGUUGUGUGUUAGGAUAAAAUUCAGCGGAUGUACAAAGGUCUGGCUACGAUGGUCGAGAGCUUCUCCUUGCUGGAUGCUGUGUUUAGCCGAAGGUUACUUUCUCUGGCAUCCGUGGUCCUAGGAUCGAAAAUGCCUUACUUCUCAGACGACAGUUUGAGCAGUUCCAGCGCCAGCUCCAUCGAGCCGACGCUGACGUCAUUCGACACCAGCAGCAGCACCGACAGCUUCUGCAGCAGUGAUGACGACCGCCGCAGCUCCAUCCACAGCUUCCAGCACAGGCACCAGGAGACCAUUGGGUUCAAGGCCGGCAAGUCGUCCGGUGACCUUGUUGAGCUUAGCAGCGUGCAGAUGGAGGUAACCGUGCGUCUACUAGAGGGAGAGAAGCGACGACUAAUGCUGCUAAAACACAACCUAGAGUUAUGCCUCUCUCACACAAACCCAUCGAAGGUAGAGAUUGAUUUGCUGAAAGAGAAUAUCAGCCGUAUCGAGCACAAAUGUCAGACUUUGGACGAGGAAUAUCGAGUGGAGUGUAAAGAAGCUCUGCUGAGGCGGAUCAACAUGGUCAAAAAGUCAACCAGAAGUCAACCCGCCAUUGGUGUCAAGCAAACUCCCAAAUCAAGGCCCACGAUAUUUGGCACCGUCACCCCACCACAGUGCCUCGCCCAGAGCAAGAAAAAGAACCGUGAAAGUGUUGGCCCACAGAUGCUAAGUCUGGCACAGAUGUUUGCUUCCGGUUCUGGUUACCUGGCAACAGACAACAACAACUUGACAGAAGUGGACAGAGACAGAGAUGCUCUCAUUUUCCAAAACGGAAAUCUCCAUUCGGGACCACUGAAGGCUCUCAUUCAACACUUAGUCCCAACCUCUGACUACUAUCCUGAUAGAACCUACACAUUUGCUUUCCUAUUGAGUUCACGUCUGUUCAUCCGUCCUCAUGACCUACUUUCAGAAGUGUUCAAGCUCUGCGUGUUACAACAAAAUCUCUCCCAAGACAAUGUCGAUAAAACAAGGCUCGGCCAGUUUGGACCACACAUUGUCAAUCUACUCAGCGAGUGGACAGAAAUGUUUCCAUACGACUUCCGGGACGAAAGAAUGAUGAAACAACUAAGAGACAUCACUCAACGCAUCAUCGCCAUUUACCCAGAUUUAAGAAAAGACAUAAACAAUCUCAGCUACAACCUGGUAACCAAGCUGACAAACUUGAAGAGUUUUGAGGAAACUUUGAAUAAAAUUGAAUCAGAAGAGAGACACAAAUCUCAGACCCAGGUUGUGGCCACCACUGAUAUUAUGGAGAUGUGUCCAAGUCCAUUAGCCCUGGCUCAGCAGCUUACACACAUUGAACUGGAAAGAUUAAGUAUGAUUGGACCAGAAGAAUUUGUACAAGCCUUUACAAAAGAACGACUUCAGUCAGAUAUAAUCAACAUACAAGAUAUUAAGAUGACCCACAACCUAGAGUCCUAUGUUCAGUGGUUUAACAGACUCAGCUAUUUGGUGGCUUCAGAAAUUACUUCACACAUAAAGAAAAAGAAUCGGGUGAAAAUGGUAGAAUAUUUUAUUGAUGUUGCCAAGGAAUGCAUUAACAUUGGAAACUUUAACUCCCUGAUGGCAAUCAUUGCUGGCAUGAACCUCAGCCCAGUGACAAGAUUAAAGAAAACAUGGGCAAAAGUAAACAGAGACAAGUUAAAAAUUCUAGAGCAUCAAAUGGACCCCAGUAAUAACUUUGGCAGCUACAGAUCUUGCCUUAAAGCAGCUAUGUGGAGGUCAGAGGGUGCAGCAGAAGAGAGAGAAAAGAUUGUGAUCCCCUUCUUCAGCCUGUUUGUAAAAGAUCUUUACUUCCUAAACGAGGGCUGUUCCAGUAGGCAAGAGGAUGGUUCUGUCAACUUCCAGAAGUGUUGGCAGAUGGCCAAGCAGAUCUCAGACCUCAUUGCAUGGCAGCAAGUUGAGUGUCCUUUUGAGAGAAAAAAUGCAGUCAUUAAUUAUGUUUUGACUACACCCAUAUACAAAGAAUCUAUGUUGUCAUUAGCCUCUUAUGAAUGUGAAACGGCAGAGACCAGUUAUGACCGGGAACGAUACAAGCAGAUCAAAUCUCAGACAUCCACAUCAUCAUUAUGACUAUAUGAAAAGCUUCACAAGCCAAAGUACUCCUGUAUCCCUAAGCCAUCCACAACAUAGUUCCCUUGUGUCAACUUACAAUGGACUUCAAAACAACUAGAGAGAAAUGGCUGACAUUAUCUGGGAUAAUUUGAGCUACUUCGUCUCUCAUAUCAGCUGAUGUAAAUAUAAACACUGACAUAAAUAUAAACAUUGAUGUAAAUAUAAACAAUGAUGUAAAUAGAAACUGAUGUAAAUAGUUGACCUGACAGACCACACAAUGUGUAUUCUAGGCGCCAUUAUGUUUUCUGUUGCAUAUUUCAUUUUUGCAGAGUUUUUCAAUCGCUGGCGAUUUGUUCAUGUACAUUUGGCUAUGACCUCAUUUUGAUAUUUAUAUGUUUAGUGAUACAUUUUUAUUGAAGUUACAUUUACUCUACAUUUGCUUUGGAUGUACAAUUUGUCCUUUUAAUUUGAAUUUAGUUAAUUAAUAUGUAAUUUAUUAACUAAAAUCAUCCUGUAACUGAACUCAGCUAGUCAAUGAGGAAAAUUUCAAUAUCCUACUGACCACAUAUCUGAAUGUAUAUACAAAGUUUAACUAGCCCUUCCUUGUAAUUUUUAUUUACUAUGUUAACACUAAAAUGAAUUAGCCUAUUUGAAUAAGUCAAAUAGAAAUACAUUACAUUUUAGAUUUUGUAUGUGAUAUAAAGGCUACAUUGGUUUAUUUUCUUUCAAUAGAAUAUUUAUAUAAUAUUAGUAAUUUCUACAGAUAUAGUUAAAAAAACAAUUUUAUUUUCAAUAUUUUAAGACAUUUAUGUAAGUGGAUACAUCAUGAACUGUUUGUUCUAAUUGCAUGUCAUUUUUUUCUAAUUAAUUAUAGUUUAAAUUGAUCAAGUGCUAGUAAUAACUAAAGUAUAUUAACAAUGUUUAGUUUUUAACUGACUUAUUAAAGGUGUAUGCUCCUUUCUUGAGCCUAAGCAAAAUAUAUUUUAUACAGACAGAUUAGUUAUAUAUAUUAUACAGCCAGAUUAGUUUUAUAUAUUAUACUGUCAGAUUAGGUAUAUAUUUUAUAACCAUAUUAACCUGCUUAUAAAAAGUAAAUGAGGGGUUCACAAUGAAGUGCAAUUGCCUGAAAUUUUCUUGUAUAAUGUAAAUUAUAUCCCAUAAAACUUGCUGCAUAUAUCAUCAUAUAUAUAAAUACGUACAUCAAGACAUUUGGGUUAAACUAGUUUAGGUUAGACAGGAAUUCUGGCUGUGUAUGCAAUUUUGGAAGUUUAUUAAAUAAUUAUUAAAGUUUAAGAAUUUAUUGAGAUUGCUGUUUAUUUGGGGGGAUAAGAAAAUUGCUUGAUUGAAAACAAGGGGUUUUUUUUAUACAAAGUACAUUAAUCAUAGCUAAUGUUAAAAAUCAGUUUUCUUUCCUAAUUUUACAAUAUUCUUAUUUUUAAAUGAUUGAUGUUAAAAAUUAAAUUUAAAAAAAAUCAUUGAAAUUGUGUAGCUGUUCAAAAUUAGUUAGUUAAUCAAAAAAUUUCAUCACUAGAGUUCACACUAUUCUUUAUGUACUUGUAUCUAUAGAAAUUAAACAUUUGCACUAAGGGUGAAUUAUUCAUUGUAGAAAUUCUCCUUUAGCUGUACUCCUUUGGAAAAAAAUGGCAUAUAAUAUAAAUUAUUUCUUGGUUGCUGUGUUUGGUGUGUGGUUAAUUGGUAGACCUGUGGUCAGUGUGUGUUGAGUGUUGUGAAGUAGGUCUUAACACAUCGGCAGCAAAGUUUAUUUCCAUUCUAAGUCCAUGCUUAACUUUAAUCACCCAUAAGGCCUAAGUCUAAACAGUUUUCUAAUAUUUUAGAAAAGCUUGAAUUAGAUAUUAUUUUUAAAAAAACUGAGCAUCGAAUAUUAUCUAGACUGCUGCUGAAUUUGUUAUGUGCCAGAUAUUUUGUAUAUAAUGUGUAUACUUGUCUUAUUUAUUGCUAGCAUAUCUUAUAGUUUUAGGUUGGUCGUUUUCUUUUAGCUGAAACUUUUGGGUUUAUUCUGAAGUAGAUUUUUUUUUUUGCCAUUAGAAUAUUUGUAUCAUUGAUGAUGAACCACAAUGCCUGAUUGCCUUAUAAUUGUUUAUAUUGCCUAGCCCAAGUACUGAGAAAGUUGUACGCGGGGAUCACUUGUAAUGGAUGCAUUAUCUUCCCCUUGGUGCUCAUCAAGGGCCAUAACCAUUAGGUGCUUAAAUAAAGGGCUAUAACCAUUAUUUAAAUUUUGAAAAAAUUUCAUACAUGACUAUUUAUUACAUUUUUAAAUAUAACUAUCAGUAGUCUGCCAGGUUUAAUUGUCAUUUGACUUUUAGGGUAGAUUGCUAUCUAACUAGAUCGCUAGUUAAACAAUGAUACUUUAGGCCCUACUUGUUUAAAGCUAUUUGUAUUGUCUUCCUACCAUUUUGCCACUACCAUUUUUACUCACACAAGUGCAGCUACUGAAGUCAUCAUCUUACGUAAACAAAAGUAACAUGAAACAUUAUACAUUUCCUGUUUCUUUCUUCAUCGUGUACAUACAAUAUUUUUUUUGUCACUAAUCUCAAAUGUCAUUUGCAAAGAUCAUGUCACUAUAAACAUGUCAUUUAAAUGUGAUUAAACGAAAGAAAAUUUUGCC